AUGUAUCAGUGCGAUAUUUGCCAUAUGCAGUUCAGUCAGAAAGCAAAUAUGCAUCGGCAUCGUAUGCGACAUACGGGUGUUAAACCUUAUCAGUGCCGAUACUGCCUGAAAAAAUUUUUCAGGAAAGAUCAGAUGCAGGAACAUUCAAUGACCCAUAUAAAAACCGGUGCCGAUUUUGACUGUCCAGUUGCGCUGUGUGAGAAGCAGUUCAGUCAGCAUGCUAGUUUACGAACACAUUUGGAGGAAUCUCAUGCCAUCGCACCAUCCACGCCAGCUUCCUGCAAGCGAUGCUCACUCCUUUUUGCUAAUGCCAGGCGAUUGCUGCUGCAUUAUCAAACGAAACACGACGAAGGCGAUACAUCGAACGUCGUUGUAACUUCAACAGCAAAACCGGGAGCGAAACCAAAAUCGGAGAAUAGCAGGAAGAACGCAUAUCGUCAGAUUAUGACACCAGUAACUCAACAGCUGUGCCGAAGCACUCCUCAAAAUAUUAUCGCAGCAAUUCAAGAACAGCUGAAAAUGAUCAAACAGGAGUCCUUUACGUCAUUCACAAAUGGAUGUCUCUCAAGGUGUAUGGAUUACGAAAGGGUGGCGCCUUUCUCUUUUCACGAGAAUGGAUGCAGUAUGGCGGGUGAAGACUGGUUCAUGUCCUUAUCAAAUGUCGGCCCACCAGCGGUCAUCCCGAAUAUGAACCCCGAAGCAACUUUCCAACACGUGUGGGCAAGAACAAGUAAUGCGGGGAGCGAAAACACUGAAGAUCAGUCGCACUCUCCUUCGGUUGAUAGUGGAAGUAGCAGCGCAACCGAUGGUGAAGCUAUGGACAAAGAGCAACAAGAAUGUAUGCAUUGUGGGAUGUUCUUCCUGGAUCAGACGUUGUAUCUUCUUCACAAAGGAUUACAUUCAGACUCGGAUCCAUGGAAAUGCAACCUAUGUGGGCAGGGGUGCGGCGAUAAGUACUUGUUCACGACGCAUGUCAUCACUUCCGAUCAUAGUUGCUAA